AUGCGUCUCCUCCACACCACCAAGCUCCACCUCGCUGAGGAGGAGGUCUCAUUCCAGGAUGUCCAGAAAGGGCUGGCCCAAUCACGGCGGGGUUACGAGAAGGUGGUCGGCGCCUGCGCGCUAGCUUGGAUCGACACUUGCUGCAUCGACAAGUCGAGCUCGGCCGAGCUCUCGAAAGCCAUCAACUCCAUGAGCGAUGUAGACGCCGACGAAAAUCCCUACUCCGAGGUAAGCAGCUUCUACAAAGCGCGUUGGUUCACCCGCAGAUGGACGCUGCAAGAGCUCAUGGUGCCGGGCGUAGUCUACUUCUACGGCGCGGGCUGGAAGCAGAUCGGCUCGCAGGAGACGUUCCUCGACCUCAUCUUCUCGGCCGCACAAACGAUGUCCUGGGCCGCCAACCACGAAACCACCCGUCUCAAAGACGAAGCGUACAGCCUACUGGGCCUGUUUGACAUCACCAUGCUGCUGCUCUACGGCGAAGGCGAACGCGCCUUCCAGCGGCUACAGGAGGGAAUCCUCCGCCAGUCCGAAGACGACUCCCUCUUCGCGCACCGCGACUCUGACAUACUCGCCAGGUCGCCUGAGUCGUUCUGCAACUGCGCGGACGUCACCCGCCUCGACGACGCCUGGCCGUACCACCAAAACCCCGCCCUCCUCCUCAACCGCAACCUAUCGCGUUCCGACAGCAUCUUCGCAGCUUGGGCUACGUGGCAUAUGUUCAGCCACCCGUGGGAGCUAGCGACAAUGCCGCGGCUUUCAUCGCCGCCAAGGCGGGCGAUGGCCUCGAGAGACCAUCCGCGGUAUGAUGGAGCCAGACCGCUCAGACCGCUGGACCAUCCACACAGUCGCCACCGCACUGGGGGUGCGGCAGGCAAGACCAAGAAGGCAGCUAGCUGA